CCACCACGAUCCACCAGCACCACCACCACGAUCCACCAGCAUUACGAUCCACCACCACGAUCCACCAGCACCACGAUCCAGCACCACCACCAUCAGCUCCAUGGCCUCGGGAUUUGUCCGCACGGCGUCUCUGUACAGCAGCAGCAGCAGGAGGAGGAGGAGGAGGCGUCUGGGGUCUCUCCCGGGGUCUCUCCUCGCAGUCUGUGUCGCCGCCACCGCCGUCUACGCGGUGGUGACCGCUCACGAAGGGCGGGGCCAGCCCCAGCGCCCCUCCCUGCAGGACGGCCUCCCGGCCAACGUCACGGCGGUGGUGGGGAGCGACGCUCAGCUCCGCUGCGUCGUUCUGAAGCAGGGCGGCGAUGGCGGCGAUGAGCACCACCACCAGCACCAGCAGCACCACCACCACGUGCAGUGGCUCAAGCACGUGGAGGUGAACGGGAGCCUGGAGGUGCCCAACAGCUCGCCCUACGUACGCAUUGUCACGACGGUCGGAGUGGAGGUCACGGACGUGGAGGCGAACGUCCUCUACCUGCGCAACGUCAGCACGGACGACUCGGGCCGCUACACCUGCCUGGCGGUCAACGCCGUGGGGUUCGCUCGGCGCUCCGCCUGGCUGCUCGUCGUGCCGGGCGAGACGCCGGCGGGGGGCCGCACGCUCGCCGCCACGACGACCUCGGGGGCCGGGAAGAUGUUGACCACCUCGCCUGGGCGGGGCCAGCCCCAGCGCCCCUCCCUGCAGGACGGCCUCCCGGCCAACGUCACGGCGGUGGUGGGGAGCGACGCUCAGCUCCGCUGCGUCGUUCUGAAGGGCAGCAAUGGUGGCGAUGAGCACCACAACAACCACCACCACGUGCAGUGGCUCAAGCACGUGGAGGUGAAUGGGAGUCUGGAAGCACCCAACGGCUCGCCCUACGUACGCAUUGUCACGACGGUCGAAGUGGAGGUCACGGACGUGGAGACGAACGUCCUCUACCUGCGCAACGUCAGCACGGACGACUCGGGCCGCUACACCUGCCUGGCGGUCAACGCCGUGGGGUUCGCUCGGCGCUCCGCCUGGCUGCUCGUCGUGCCGGGCGAGACGCCGGCGGGGGGCCGCACGCUCGCCGCCACGACGAUCGCGGGGGCCGGGAAGAUGUUGACCGCCUCGCCUGCGAUGUUUCCCGAUGUCUCCGUCACGGUGGAGGCCGUCUCGGCCGCUCCCUUGACGGCGGGCGACGUUUCUUGCACCGCCGGCUUCCUCCUGCUGACCGCCAUCGCCGGCGUCGCCGCCUUCUGCCUCACGCAGACGCGGAGGGCGAGGAGAGAGUCGACCGGCGGAGAGGUGGAGAUGCAGAGUGGAGUCGGCUCCGGGAGAGGCAACCACCUUGCCCCACGGCGCUCCUCCACUUCGAGGUCUGCGGAGUACUUCGCCACCACCACCACCACCAGCGUGGCGAUCUUCACGGCUGUGCUCACUUUGGUUCUGCUGCUAUCGCAGCCAGUGGUGGAACUCCUCGGAGGAUCUCGGCGUGGGGGUUCGAACAUCAACGGCUCCAACACCACCACCACCACCACCACGAUCAACAACUACUCGGGACUCGCUAUGGGUCAGCUGAGCGGCAGCUGCCAGGACAUAGUGGACAGCGUGCUCCCUGCCCUGCUCCACGUCGUGCGUCAGCUGUACAGCGGCUGCAAGGAGGCCAUCGGCUCCACCGUGCCGCUGAACACCCCGCACAUCGCCGUGCGUCUCCGGCGUUUC